GGGGACAUCUGGACGAUCUAACCCGUUUCAUAGUAGGUAAUUCAACUGAGGAUCUUACCCAGCCUUUUUUUUUAAGAAUGCAGCGUAUAGGCAUCAACAACAUGGUUGGAUAGCUUGUUUUACUCCCACCACAAACCUUCGAGUAAAGACGUGCCUGCCUGCUGUUUUUUAGAUUUAAACGCACUUUUAUGUAGGUUCCACUCGUGUCCUCUAGUUUGUUGCAGUGUUUCUUUUUGAGUUCCUCUAGGUGGACUUUGUUAGUGUAGUGACGGACUUGUAUCAGUAUGCUUAAUGCAGCCUAACUACUGCGACUAGGCAUGAAAAUGAAGGUGAGCAAUAGAAAUGGCUGUUCUGUAGUAACCCACUAGCCAACUGUUGUUUUUUCCACCCAAUCUGAAGAUGAGUCAAUUUUGAAGCAUUUGUGUACUUGGAGGUUGAGAGCGGAGUUGAAAUUUAGGAAAGGAGUCUCAAAGCUGUAGUGACAAUAAUGCCCUCUUCUGUUGUGGAUGUUUAAAACGACCUGGAAUAGAAAUUUAUUUUGUCACUCAUUCUCCUCCGGCAGCCAAACAGUGUUUGAAUGUCUUUCUACAUAUUUUAUAAUCCUCUGAAUGUAUCAUAUUGACUUAAGCCUUAGAUCAGCUUGUUCAGUUAUGUAGUGGGUUUGUUAUCUGUAACGUCAUAAUGUCUCUUUAGCUGGGAUGACUGGUUGAAAGGUGUGUUCUGUAAAACAGCUGACAGUAACCAAUAUUUACCACACACCCUCUUUAACAAGCAGGGCAUCGCUUUUGGCAAAGUCUUUUCCGAAAUACCUUUCAACCUGAUAAAACAUGUAAAUAUACAGUAUGAUACAGCUUUUAUAUUGAGAAGCAGGGUAAAUUAUAGAUGCUGGAAAUUAAGGAUUACUGGACAGGAAAAAAUAUUGUUAUGAAGUCACUGUCCCAUCCUGGAGGCAUGGUUAAGUUUAUGUAGAAAAACACAGAUUUUUCAAGGCUUAGGAAUUUGACUCAGAAAUAUGAAAUCUUGUUAUGUGUUCUACAGUAGGUGACUCACGUGAUAUGUUUCCAAUUAAAAGGGCUAGCAAAAAAAUAAGCAUAUCCUACAAAUUAUAGGUGGUGGCAGAACUAUAAUUUACAUUUUUGGUCUGAAUCACCGGUCUAUUCAUGUAUUUGUAGAAGUCUACCUCGCUCGGUAAUCUGAACAUCAGGGUGCAUUUUACCAACUGAAAGACAAAAUGAAGGAAAAAAAGGUUUAACUGCUAAGCACUGAUAAAAGGUGGAAGCAUGAGUGAUAAGCUUGACUCAGACUUGAUAUUUCUUUAUGAGGCUUCCUUUCCUGCCUGUAAUAUAGUCAGCUUUGGUGCUGAGUUAUGCAGCUGAGCCAGCAUGAGAUUGUUAGAUUUGCAUGUGCACAUGCUGUUGCAGUCAUGAUAUAUUGUGAUUUUUAUGACCUGUCACAUGUUUAGAAAAUUGUUGUAAUUAUCCCCUGUAGCAGUUUGCUUUCCCGAAUUGUUUCCCCCCUCCUUUACCUUGCUGAGUCGUCAGAACAUCCCAUGUUUACACCUGUCGUUAGAACGUAAUUACCUGUAGGGGUCGCGUGUUAGUCGAUACCUGUGAGGUUGAUAUGGAGGAUUGGAAAGGGGAGUACAGUCUUGACUUGUAGGGCUCAGGUUUUAGAAUGAGUAGGAAAAGUGGACUUGGUUAAGGGGAAGAGGCUGCCAUCUAGCAGGGAGCCUAAGGAGCUUUAAAGAGCCGCCCUGGGAUAAUACCGUUUCAUUGUUUGUGGAAUGGACGCUUUGUGGAUCACAUUGUACGUGACGGCAGCGGCUGUGCCUGAUGAGAGUCUACAUCAACAGCCAGAUAUGCACCGGAGAACAGAGUACUUUAUUGUUUCCUUUGAACUUACAAACUCUCAUCCAGGGCAUUUGGGACUUUGAAGCACAGUCCAGGAUUGCCGGAUUUGUUCCCAAACAUUUGUUUUAAGGAAAAUGCACAAAUAAAAACACCUGUUCACCUCCCCACCAUCGCCCUCAGUGGUCCCUCGCACCAGACACACAGAAUAGUCAUGCAGCUUCAGUGGAGGCUCCACGCCACAAGGCUUUCACAUCUCCAUCCUCCCCUGAGCUGGAGCAUGGAUCACAGUGCUCGAGAGCUCUGUAUAAAUAAUAUCAAGCCAGGCCAGCAGCCAGCGAUGCCAAGAGAGAGAAUGCAGAGGCUCUCUGUGCAGUGCCAGCAACUUUUUAGCUGCAGUCAGACCUGCCAACCAGCUCUGUUUCUGCCACUGCGAGAGGCUGCACGCUGGAAUGUCUCUAGCACAGGCGGCUGGUAUAGACACUGCCUCCCGUGUGCUCACCUGGUGAACCAGACAGCCUGGUCAGGAUCGCAAGUCAGGCUGAGGAAUGCAUGAGGCCUGGAAUGUGCAGGCAUAUUUGGUUAGCGGAUGUAGGUUAGACUAGUAAAAAAUCUUUUCCUGAAGCGUUCUGUUAUGAAAAUGAUGGAGUCUUGCCAGUAGGCAGGGAAAAGCCUUGGUUUUUGGAUUCCUUACUAUUUCAGUCAGUGCUGGAUCACUUAUCAUUCUGUGUUUUUACGUGUGGUUGUGAACUAGAUUUCAGGACGGGCCUUUCCAUGUCUUAGGAAGCAACAACAGUUAAAGGCAAUUGUUGGUGGCAGUAUUUUUCAUUUGAAAACAUUUGUUAGGGGAUAUUUGUUUGCCUUGUUUGCUUUUGUCCUUUUUCAUGAAUGUGAAGAGGAUUAGUGUUCUGUAUUACUGCCGAAACUGAACUCAUUUAGUGGAUCAGUGGAGCUGAAGUGAGAGAAGUUGCAGGCAGUCUUGUUGCUUCAGAUCAGUGUUGAUUUGACACAAAUAGCCCUUGCCGUUCAGACCUGCUCUUUGAAGGUAUAACUUCAGUGCCAGAAUUUCAGGGAGACUUCUUUUGUGCUUGGAUCCUGUUCUGAGAUCAGGAAGAUGAAUGGGGGUAAACAUUAGAGCAGCUUUGCUCAGACCUCAAGCGGUCUAGGAGGAAUGAGCUUUGUAAAACAACCAGGCAAAUAUUUUCAGACAACCUUACAAGUAAAUAAGUGGAUAUUUUAUCACACCACUGAAUAGAUGACAGUAAGGUAUGUGACACUCACUGAUGAUAAAGCUGUGAAGUGAGGGACUGUACUGGAGUCUGAAUGUUGAAGUCAGGUUAACAGACUCUUCUUUUCAUCAGUCAGAUGUGCAGAGAACUAAGUUUUGCAUUUGCAGGUUCACUGAGAAACAACAUCUGCACACGGCACAGCAACUUACAGAAGCUUGUUUCAAUGCUGCAGAGUUUCAGUCCUUGUAAAACAUUGUGGAUAUGCUCCAUCCUGCCUGAAAUUUUGAAGCUUCUCUUUUCCCUGAGCUCAUUUCCUGGUGGAAAAUCAUAGUCCACAUUUGAGAAGUUUGGCAGCAUCUCUUCAAAAUAGAUUUUUUUUACAUUGAGCAAGAGGGUCAUCUUCUAAUAACAAGAUGCUUUUACUUGCAGAAGUCAUUUUCACAUUUGUCUGGGAAAGUACGGCACGUGUCUUAGUGUCAUAUCCCUUCCAUGUUGCACUGCACAUACACUAAACACUUGCAACAGGUAAAGGAAAAAAAGUCCAGUUUUUUUUUCUACACACAAGCAGUUAACUGCUGUCAAGGCUUUAUUUGUAUUUUGUACAGAUUAAUUUAAGUGCUUUUUCGAAGGGCUGUUCAAGUUCAUGUCUUCUUAUGUGAAAACGUUCCUGCUGCCCGAGUAAAUAUUGAAUCGACCUCUAAGCUUGCGCAGAAAUGCGGCUGCCAUCACCGAGUUGCAAUGAAUAAUGAAAGAAAGAAAAGAUGUACAGCUGUGACAUUAUGUGUGUAAUUGAAGGACCUGCUAAAAGAGAAAUUAUGAGCUGCAUCAAAAUGGCUCAAGAUGCACGACCCGCUGCCACGUGGAAUAAUUCUGAGAACAUCAGAGUGGAAUUCAUUAUUGCAAAGAAACUGGAGAGCUGAGAGAGGUGCUCCAAACACAAAGGGUGCGCGAAUAACUAUCAGCACAUUUCUUUUUCCACACAGGCAUUUAUUACCAGCCUGGGAAUACAGUUCUGAAGAAGCGCAUGUAGGAUGAGGAUUUUGUUAAACCUUGAUCAUCAUUCAGUGAUUGAUACCGCCACUCAGGAGCAUUUACAGCUCAGCUCCUGACUGUUCAUGCGCCUGUAGUUGAGUACAUUCUUGAGUGUGAGUGGCUUGAGUCUGGUCUGCUCCGCCUAUAUAUUUCACCUGAGCCUCCGUUAUGGUUUCAGUUUUUUUUUUAAAGUAUUAUUCUGUCCUUUCGGUCCAGUGUACAGUUGUAUAAACAGAAAGCAGUACAUAGUCUCUGCACAGAGUUAGUGUUCCAGGAGCUGCUGUUUCCCUGCUCACACUGUUGCAGGAGAAGUUCACAGCGCGGCCUGCCUCAGCGCUGAGGGAAACUCUGCGACUCCACUUACUGACACUGUCACUUCUGAUUUUGGUGUUGCUUUUGUUUGAGCUGAGGUGACGUGACGUGACGUGACAGGACCGUUCUGAGCUGUGCUUACAGACGACAGCAUCCAGUGGUGUUUCCAGGGCUGUAGCAGUGCAAGCAGCUCUGUACACGGGACCUCGUCUUAACCUCUAGACUGGAGACCAUGAAACGUAGUCGACUUCCCAGCAGCAGCGAGGACUCUGACAAUGGAAGAGAGCAAAAAAGAGGUAAAAAUAGGAAAGAGAGAAAGAAAGCAGAAGUUCCCAGGGAAAGACAGAGAGGAACAAGAGGGAAGCGUCUCAUUUGGACACACAAAGAAAUGUCUGCAGGUCAUUCUACCUCUUGGUCACAGCAUUCCAAAUCUCAGCACAGGAGGAAUUCGUGGUCCAGAAGUGAAGAUAGAAAACCGUCCGAGGUGUUCAGGACAGACCUGAUCACGGCUAUGAAGCUGCACGAUUCCUACCAGCUGAACCCAGAAGACUACUACAUCCUGGCUGACCCCUGGAGGCAGGAGUGGGAGAAGGGCGUUCAGGUCCCAGUCAGCCCCGAGUCCAUUCCGUGGCCAGUCGUCAGGUGUGUGGCUGAGAAAGAGAAGAUGAUCAUGUUUACCAGGCCGAAGAAGUUCAUUCGUUCAUCGGGCUCUGAGCCGGUGGAGCUGGGGUAUGUGGACAUCCGCACCUUGGCAGAGGGGACGUGUCGCUAUGAUCUCAACGAAACGGACGUGGCCUGGCUGGAGCUCAUCAACGAAGAAUUGCAGAUGAUGGGUAUGCAGGGGGUAGAUGAGCUCACCAUGGAGAGGGUCAUGGAGGAAUUGGAGCGCCGGUGCUACGACAACAUGAAUCAUGCCAUUGAAACUGAAGAAGGCCUGGGGAUUGAGUAUGAUGAGGACGUCGUCUGCGACGUCUGCCAGUCUCCGGACGGAGAAGAUGGAAAUGAAAUGGUUUUCUGUGACAAGUGCAACAUCUGUGUCCAUCAGGCAUGUUACGGUAUCCUGAAGGUGCCCGAGGGGAGCUGGCUGUGCCGAACCUGUGCGCUGGGUGUUCUUCCCAAGUGUCUGCUGUGCCCCAAGAAAGGAGGUGCGAUGAAGCCCACACGCAGCGGCACCAAGUGGGUGCAUGUCAGCUGUGCCCUGUGGAUACCGGAGGUGAGCAUUGGGAAUCCAGAGAAGAUGGAGCCAAUCACAAACGUUUCUCACAUCCCCAGCAGCAGAUGGGCCUUGCUGUGUCGUCUGUGCAAGGAGAAGACUGGGGCUUGCAUACAGUGCUCGGCGAAGAACUGUCGGACAGCGUUCCACGUCACCUGUGCUUUCCAGCGCAACUUGAAGAUGAAGACCAUCCUGACGGAGACCGACGAAGUGAAGUUCAAGUCGUUCUGCCUGAAGCACAGCGGCCGAGAAGAGGCGGGCAAGCUGGAUGCAGAGGUGGGCUCGGGGGAGGAGGAAGAGGAAGAUGGAGGGGAGCCCAGGAAGAUGGAGGCAGAGAGGUCCCCGGUCCGGGGCCCAGAGCCUGCAGUCCUGAGCGCCAACCAGCAGGAGGCACAGAUGGUGAACCUCCGCAAGCAGAAGCUGCAGCAGCUGGAAGACGAGUUCUACAAGUUCGUCACGGCCAACGAGGUUGCCCAGUACCUCCGCCUUCCCGAGGAGGUGGUGGACUUCAUCUACCAGUUCUGGAAGCUGAAGAGGAAGGCUAAUUUCAACAAGCCCCUGAUAACCCCGAAGAAGGAUGAGGAGGACAACCUGGCCAAGCGGGAGCAGGACGUGCUCUUCAGGAGGCUUCAGCUCUUCACGCACCUGCGGCAAGACCUGGAGCGGGUUCGAAACCUGACGUAUAUGGUGACCAGGCGAGAGAAGAUGAAGCGGUCAGUGUGCCGGGUGCAGGAGCAGAUCCUCCAUCAUCACGUCAGGCUGCUGGAAGAGGAGCGGCUCUCUGGUAUACCAUCAUCGAUCCACCUGGAAGAUGCACUAUUCUUUAGUGACUUAACAUCUGAAGCGUCCAAACCUGAGCCUCUUAAGUUUCCUUCGGAGCACCCAGGACACGAGACGGGGAGGCCUUGCCCCGGGAAGGGCUCACACAGACGUGAAAGAGGCGGAGCAUCCCAGGAAAACUGCAGGAGUGGCUUGCUGAAGCUGCCAAACUCCUCCACUGAAUGUGGUGGCCUGGCUGACAACAACAGUGACAGCGGGGGCACGAGCCGAAAAGUAGGGGAGAGGGCUCCGGACACUGAGAGGCUCAAACCCUUCCCCAGACUGCCUCACCUCAGGGAGAAGAGGAACGGCACGGUUGUAGGAGAGUACAAGAAGAGAGACGACGGCCACCGGCACGAAGAGAAUGGGCACGAGCUGAGAGAGCGAGCCUCCUCGAGGCCUGGACACAAGCCCGCGCGGCCCACGGAGGACCUGAUGCUGAAGCAGAUGGAGAACAAGAGAGCCCCCCCACCGCCGCCCCUGACGCAGCCCGCAGCCAGAAACCCUGUCCGGAGGCCCUCUGGGGACGCAGUGCCUAAAUGCAAUGGCUCGCUGAAGAAGGCGAACUGCAACCAAGCGGUCAUCGUUUCAGUGCCUAAUACACCCACCAGCCCCAUGAAAAACUGGGGUGGCUUUAAAAUCCCAAAGAAAGGCGAGCGGCCACAGCAGACAGAAGGGCAAGAGGCUCCUCACGGGAAACUUCCAUCCGAGGACAGGGCUGUCCACCGGAUUUCGCCCAAAGCAAGGUCCAAGGCCCGGCUAAAAACGGAAGUGGAAAAUGACGGCUACGCACCUGACGCUGAGCUGAGUGACUCUGAGGUAGAGGCGAAAGAAAAGAAGUGCCGUCCAAAGCGACUAAAUGCGGGUACGCCCAUUAACCGGCGCUAUGGGACAGACAUAAUCCGCAGGAGCAUUCUGGCCUCAUGAGAGGGGGAACUGUCUUGGGUGUCGGCCAGUUUGGUUACUUGAACCACUGCCUGAACUGCGAUUAUUAUUUUGUGUUUCCAGAAUGAUUCUCUCAAGCGAUUCGCUUUCAUGAUUCCAUCACUGUGCUGGUAUUUAUUUUUGUUGAAUCAUUUCAGUGUACAGAGUCUUAAUCUUGUCAUUGUAAUUCUUCUGUUGUUGUUUGACCUUACUAAAUGUUUGAAUUCCAACGCAAAGGUUACUGGAGUUGAAAACACUAACCCUGUUUGACAAGUUCUGCCUGAAAGUAAAUGAUAAAAGUGAAACUGACCAGCCUCAGUGAGUGGUGGGGCCAUAGUAUUGACCUUAAGUUGCUUUGUUUUUGUUGAUUACAAAAAAAAGCACAAGUUCUUAAAAAAAUGUUCGCACUUAAGUAAAAGUAUGGAAAAUCAUUGGAAUGCACUGCUGUAUCCAGUUAAAUCAUUGUUUUCAAUGUUAGUAGGAGCCUGUUAGGCACUGUUCUGUUUAUAAAUGUGAUGUUUCUAAUUUAUGCUUUGUUUUGGACAAAUUCUAAUCUCUUUCCAUUCAAGGUUAAUGAAUCUUUUCAUUACCUUUUCAUUUCUUUUCUUUAGUUAGGAGUUCUCUCUAAAACCGAUAAUGCUUAGUUCUCAGAGAUUUUGCCUGAGAUGUACAAGGAUCAUUGCAAAUAAGGGUGUGAUUGAAGCAGCCACUUUGUUUUCUGAGCAGGGCAGUUCUGUUGCUUGUUGCUUCACGAUGCCUGUGUUAUGAGGAGCUGCACUUAGUGUCUGCACUUAAGACUGGAGCCAGAUCUCUUCAGUGUAAAUGCAUUGAAAUACAGGGAUUGCGCGAAACCUUUUUUAUACAUAUAUCAGUGCAUAUACAGUAGUAGUAGUUUUACGUCUUGCCAAAUACCGUAGGUCUGCAGUCUUUCAAUUUAGCCCUUCCUUCUACUUGGACUAUUUAUUAAUGAGCAAUAAUGAGGGGCUGCCAGCAAUAAAUCUCAGUGUCAUCUGUUCAUUACAUCUGCAUACUGAAGAGUGUCAGUGAAUGUAACAAACUGAAAGUAUUAAAUGCCUCUUAAAGACACUUUGACACAGAUUGUUCAGAUUAAUUCAUAAGUGACACUUUCAUGUUACAGUGAAAAAGAUGACGUGAAAGCAGAAAUCAUAGCUUGCCUAUAUAUCAGGGCGUCAUUGACAUUUUUGCUUUGUUUUUUCAAUUACAUUACUUGUAAAAUGCUUAGCCAUAUUUUUCCAUAGACUUUAGCUUAGUAAGAUAAACGAGGAGCAAUGAGGUCUGCAAGAUGUUUGUGAAUGCAGUUUAAUAAUGCCUGAGACUAAUACACCAUUCUGUGCUGUCUGUCAUACUUGUUACAGCUGGAAAUCCAUUUUAAAUCUUACAACCUUUUCAGUUUUACAGUACUGUACACAGUGGUUGGAACGAACAUUAUAACUGCUAUACAAUGUCAAUUAGAUUAGGCUAAUUAAGCUUCUGUAAAAGUGGCAUGCCUAAAAAAGGUAAACAAAGGGAUAUUUGUUGUGCAUUUGAUUUCCCAUCACUGUGUUAAAGAUGUGCAUACUGUAAUUACAGUUAAACCUUGUACAGAAAAUUCUCACUAUGUGCCUAGCUUUGUGUCCAUUUGAGUUCAAGAAGCAAAUAGAUGCAUGAAGCAACACAGGCAAAAAAUAUAUAAAAAAAAGAUUUAUACAUAGAAAACUAUUUUAUAUGACUUGGCCCUUUGCUGUAUUUAUUUUUUUCUUUUUUCCAUUUGAAGAUAUUUAUAUAAGUAGUUGACGACAACUGUAUAUUUUUGUUUUUGAAUGAACAUUUAGAAGAAUCGUGCCUUUUUGUCUUUGUGAAUAAACUGCUGUAAAUUUUGCGAUAUAUAUAUAUAACUGUCCUUCUCUGUGUUCCUGAUAUUUUCCAAUACUGAGAGAUUGUGUACGUGCUGAGGGUUGUAUUUCACAAGAUGGUUCCAUCUAUGAAAAUGUCAAAAAGGAAAUUGCAUUAUUCAGAUGUUCACAUCCCACAGUUACAUGAACAUACCUCUUCAGGCCUGGCUGAUAAUGGCGAUCAUGGAUCCUUAUUGUUUUUAUCAUACAUGGAUAGUGAGGGGUGGACUGAAAUUUAAAUUUCAAUUAAAUUAAUAUUUAAAUACUUGUAUGGUGAGUGCAAUUUAGAUGUGCAAUCAGGCAGUGGAAGAGCUUUAAAAAUGAUGCAUCUUUAUUAAUGAAAAUUAUUUUGAGAUUCUAAUCUUGGUACUUUUAAAGAGGUACAUUUGACAAUCUGAUACCACCCAGGUUAUGCCAUUUGACUUCAUAGCUUUAAGAAAAUGGUUUAUAGAGUUAGUGUGAAGAGGAUUAAUUAUCAAGUUUAGCUUUUAAAGCUCAGGUAAUGGUAUUGCCAUUGACGCGCAAUCUACCAUGUAUAUAACCAUGCUGUGUGCACUGAAUCACUUGAGCCGUGGAGACUGUGACUUCAUAUGCAUACAGAGCUGCAAGUUAUUCCCCGAAUUGGCACAGUAAUAGAUUGUGAAGUCUUUUCCAGCUUGUCAAUUUAUUCCACUUUUAAUCACAAAUUACCAUGGUUGGCAGUGCUAAUGUUUCUUUAGCAUUAUCACAUGAGUCAUCCAGGAGCAUUUGGUCUUUUGAGAAAAGCAGUUCUAUAAGCCAUCUUACUGGAGGGCUACAAAUCAAGUAGUAACUUCAUUAUGUUCCCUGGGAAUUACUGGAAAUGUGCUGGUGACAGAUUGCAAUAUAGUUGUCAGUUCUAAUGCCACUAAAAACCAAGAAGAAAGCCCAAUUACAGCUUUGCUGGACAGCUUACAGUCAUGUAAUAACCAGUAAACCCAGGCUAUUAAUGCUAGAUUUAUAAAUUGAAUUUGAGACUUCCACGAAAAGUUAAUGUGAAAUAUAAUAUUUCAGAGACAAAUGAAGUGAAAAGUACAUUUUCUGGCUUUGGAAUGUAAUUUGAAAUAACCCAUUCCCUUACUACUUCAGUAAACACCAAAAUGGGUCUUUUAUUAUUAUACACACAUUUUCUAGACAUUUGAGAUGCAAUGUGUUAUUAAGAAAUAAUAUUUUCUGAGGCGAGAUUACCCUUACACACACAUUAAGUGUUACUUUUAUAAUAGACAAUUCCUUUAAGGCAGGGCUUCUAAAUCUGUGUCAAUCCGGGAUAUUUCUGAAUUUUGCUACAACCAGUUAAUUAUCCAAUUAAUGGGAUGCAGGAAAAAAAAGUUUAGCAGAAAACCGCAAGUAAAUGGAUUCAAGGGAAGUCCUGUCUUAUGUUAUCAUGUGAGAGGUGCUUUGGACUAUUUUGUGCUUGUUCCAUCAGGAACAACAGUGUUAAUUUCUUUAGAUGUAAUUUUACAAAUACAGGUAUUUCAUGGUGCACCAACAAGGCAGUAGUGAAGAGUUCAAAACACGCUCAGGAUAGAGAUCAUAAACUACAAGCAAAAUAAAAGAUCCCCCUGCCCUUAUGAGGCUGUAUUCCUGGAAGCUGCUGAAAGCCUGCUCAAUGUAAGCACAGUGAACAGAGUGGCAUUUCUAGGCUUCCCAGUGUCAUGUUGUCCUAAGUAGAAGGCAUCUAAUACAUAUUUGUAAUAAGGCAUAUUGGUUUAUAACCCAACAGUGCAGCCAUUCAUACUAACAUUUGUCAAAGAAUCAUCUAUAAAUGAUAAACUUUAAUUGCGUUUUUAAGCCUUAAGAAAUCAUGUGACUGCUUAGACAUUGCUUUCAAUGACAUGUCCACAUUUUUUACUCAUAUCAAUUCUUUGUUUCAAGACCACAAGCGUCGGCCCAUUCUUUGAGAAUUUGUCCCAUUCAUCCCUUUUCUUAUCUUUUUAGACCCUAUUUUAUCUUCAGACUAACUGGUAUAACUGGACAUGGAAGUCGUUAAACUAUUAGGGCCAGCACCUGACGAAGAAAGGUCUCAGACGGUCUUCAGAAGAUUUAAACUAUUCCACCAUGAAAAAGAAUCUGUUUUUAAAAAAGGUGAAACAUGAAAAACAUGAAAAAAUGUUUUUCACACUGCCUUGGCAUUUACUGAUAUGACUAAUCGUUUCAGAUUACGUCCAAUUUUCUGUGUGCCCAGUCAAAUCUUACCUUUAUGCACAAAAGCCAAAAGGAUAUUAGAUGUCUAGAAUUGAUUAGACGAAAUCCGUUCGUCUGUGGCUUUGCCCUUCAGACUCCACCCCCUAAAAAUCAAUGAGGCCUACGAUGCCACUUGACUGCACUCUUCCUUACAUGUCAGGUAGCUUUGUGUCAGGAACCUAUUCCAGUAACACGUGACAACUACAAUUGAUCAGUUAUUUCUUUUAAAAACCCAUCUGAUUCUGGAUGACUAAAAGGCAAGCUUAUCGUAUCAUUGGGCAGCUGGUUUCCAUUUAACACGUCGCACACGUGUGCUGAAUUGCCUGGAGUAAACCCAAUGCUGCCGUUUUAAUUAAACGUGAAACAGGCUGCCUGAGAACUUAGGUAAUCAAAAUGCCUGCAUACUCGGUGAUAGUCCUCUGUCAGUCACAAUAUCCUUAUUAUUGUUUUGCCACGUUUUCAGUUAACAAAAUUAACUGUUUAUUGUAAUCUGGAAUUUAUUGUAACAUAAAACUGCUCUUUGUCAGUAACAAUGAUGCAUUGUGAUGUCAUUCCUUGUUAACAUGUACAUGUUAACAGGAAAACCUACAAUUAAACCUAUAGAUUUUUGUGUGCUAAAGUCUUAUUCUAAAUCAUAAGUGUAUACUAUUAUAUCUUCCAGGUUUAAGAAAAUGACUGUCUGCAAAUAUAACUGGCUUGCAUCAGCUAGAAGUGAUUCUCAUGUAUCUCAGAGUUAUUUUGUGACCAAUGAAAUCAAUUCUUGAUUUGACCUGAAUGACAUUAAUUUCACUGGAAACUUUGGGAACUACCUAGACAUUUCACAUUUUGACUACACUACUUCAGUCAUUUCUAAAAUGUUCAAAGUUUGUCUGAAGAAUAAAAAGAAAGUCACCUGAUGUAAUACAACAAAAUUUGAUGUUUUAACAUUAUUGUUAUUGCAUAUACUGUAUGUUAUUGUUGUAUACCUUUUAGGAGGGACUAAAAUUUGGCAGCAUUCAGUUAUAAUCCCACCUUAACCAACCACCCAGCAGAUAUCUGAACCUGCAGUUCCUCUUGUACUGAGCAGGAUCAAAGUUGAUUCAAAGUUGAUUCUCAGAAAUUAUUAUUUUACAUGUUAAAGAUAACCUUGAAGCAGACAUUUCAGCUAUUAUUUCAUUUGAUUUAAUGCUUUCUUAGUAACAUAAUCCAUUCACAUCUGAUGAGUAUCUUUAGAAAUUAAAUUAUCAGGACAAUAAAAAGGUCUUAACAAAUUAUCUUUACAUUAUGAAAAA